AUGUCUGAUCCAGAAGACGAUGAUUUUGAAGGAUCAAGAGAACCUUCUGGCUCUGAAGUCGACGCAGAAGAGGACUCUGGAGACGCGUCCGAGACCAGAGAGAGGCCACAGCGCCUGAAGCUGACAUUGAAACCACGCGCACCCGCAUCUUCAUCAUCUACGCCACGUGGAAAGGGUACAGGGAGACCACGAGGGCGUCCAAAGGGCAGCGGAAGUGGCUUGACGCUCAAAGUGCGCAGAAGCAAGCCAGACAUCGCAAUGGACGACCAACCAGAGGUUCCACCGGCUGCCACUCCACAGCCAGCAGCAAAUGACAACACUGUUAUCACCUCUGUGGGAGGCAAGUCGUAUGUCAAAGUAGGAGAACAACUGUUCCUACUCGAACGAGAUAACCUUGUCACGAGGGAAGAUCCAAUCGGUAACACCAAGAUCGACAUGAAUGGAAACUUGCUAGGAGGCCGUGAAUUCAAAGCAGCGACCUUCCAUGUCCCAACACGCAAUCCAGAUGUCAAGUACAUGCUUGCUAUUGACUGCGCACGAUCAUCUGGCUAUCGAGACUCACUAUACUACUUUCGACGUAAUCCACUCAUGUACAAGCUUCAGCUCACUGCUCAAGAGAAAGAAUAUCUGAUAGCUGCGGGGAAGCUUCAUACGAACCUUCGACAUCGAAGUGUGACCAUGGUCACUGCGAGGUCGGCAUUCAAGCAGCAUGGCGCAAAAGUGAUAAAAAAUGGAAGAUGGGUAGUAGACGACUAUUUCGAAGACGCAGCAAAGAUUGAAGCCGCCGAAAAGGGAGCCAAGCCCGGUGACAUUGUCAUUGAACCGCAACAAGACUUUAGUCACAACAUCUCAGUGGAUGCCUACAGCAAAGCCCAAAAGGAGUCUCGCACGGGCAUCUACAAACCUGGUGGGCCAACGACCUUCUUUGGCAGUGACGGAGUUGGUCCCUUUCGCGGUGAAAUGUCUUCAACCAAAAAGGCAAUGCUCGCAAGAGAAAACCUAACAGAGGAGAAUUGGAUGCAUGCGGCUGCUCUCUCGAUACAAGAAGCCAACGAAGAACUACGACGAGGCCGAGCAGAGCGUAUCAUUCCAGGAGCGGGACUUGACGAAGUCCAAGCACCUGUACCGGGUACCAACUUGACAAUGCUACAAUACGUACCGUCCGCAACACCUGUCAACACACUCCAGCCCCCAUCCACAGGAGAUGCGAUGAUGGAUCAAUUCGAAGGGGGAGAGGUUGAUAUCAAAGCGCUAGAAGCAGCCAACGCGGCUUCACCCAAACCCUGCGGUGUCUACGAAGUGCAUACGGGGACCCUUCACUAUCCUCAGGCAUUCCAACCUACCAAGGUUCGGUGGGUACCCGCCCGCAAGACAAGCCAUAAACCCGUCAUUGGCGGUCUGUCGUCUGUGGGCUCCGCAGCAUGGGGCCUCGUUUGGAUUGACUAUGUGAUGAAGGAUGAGGGGGCGUAUAAUGCCGAACUCGAGCGGAUAGCACGUAUGGAAGCAGAGGUCAUAGACGCAGAGAAGAAUGGUCCACCGGCCAUCCCUAUGGACUGGGACACGUGA